GAAUCAUGCAUACCGCCACCUAAUUGGACAAUCAUAACACGCACCGCAUACUAUUGGACCAGAAAGGAUGCUAUGGAUUGGUUCAAAGAGCAGCCGGCUCAGGACCUUGUUGUUCCCGUAUUUGCUGAAUCAAGUCGACGACGUUGAGAAAGCCGACGCAGUUGGUCGAGAGUAGUUCCCAAGUGCGGCUCAUGAAAGGCAUGCUCCUAUUGGGUGAUGACCUCAUCACGGGAUGAUGUUUGGUAUUUGCAUGUCGAUGGUCUAUGCACAGUUUGAUGCAGUUGCCACGAAAGCUAUGUCCAAGCUGAAUCAGCGUCACAGAAAGUGGAAGAUCAUGAGAAAAUGGCAAGCAAUAGAAAAGGCACGAAGUAAAAGUAAACGACACCUGCUAGCAAAGUACAAGGGACGUGCCCGCAAGCCAAAGCCAACCGUUUGUGAAACAACAGAGAAGGAGGACAUGGUCACAUCUAACAGCAAUUCCUUCCUGCAUGAAUCAGUUCCUGUCAGGCUCAUUUCUUUAGUGAAUGUGAAGAAUUUGUUGAAUCCUCUUAAGACUGUGGUUUACUCCAUGUAUUCAUGGUGGCUAGGGAACACGAGGCAGGGUUUGGAAUUAAUCAAGGAUACUCUCUAUCCUUCACGUGUCUACCUGAGGGAGUUGAAUGUACUUCGGAAACAUAUUGAAUCACUUGAGAUCAAACUAACACACAUGCAAGAAAUCUUCAAUGAACAUCAUCAGGAGCCCAAUACUGCAAAAGCUGCUGAAGUAUGCUGCUGUCGAAGGCAUAUUGAUUCCUUACCAGGUCCCAAUAAAAUUCCAAUAUGGGCAGUGCAGCCAAUUGUCAGUCGUGCUCCACUGAAGUUGCCAGAUGAGGCUCUUCCUCCUCCUCCUCCACCACCACCACCACCACCACCUCCUCUACCUCCUGCUUCCCUGCUUACAGAGAGGCCUCUGCAGAUUCAACAGAGAACCAGAGCUGAAAAACCUUUGCAGACAAUCUGUGAGGAAAUCUGUAAGCCACCAUCCAUAACUCUGAAAGAUUUGCUUCAAGUAAAACUGAAAAGGACAGUAGACAGAUUUGAAGUAACAAAGACUGACCCUGAGAAGAAAGGUGGACCACCGAUUGUUACAGUGAAGGAUUUGCUUCAUGUGAAGCUAAGAAGGACCCAGAACACAAUAGAAAAACCAAAGAUGGAUACACCAGGAAGGAAAAGGUCUCCUUUAGUCACAAUCUCUGAUCUACAAGGCUUUAAUUUGCAGAAAAAAGCUAAUCAACUGCAGAAAUCACCAAAAAUGAUGAUCACUCCACAUCGACCUGUAUUGGAUCUUCGGCAGCGUUUAAAGAAAGUAAAUAUAGAAAGGAGCCCUGGUGGAACACCCCUCCACAAGGAAAACAAAGAUACUGCGACAGGAUUAACACCAGUUAUGACCCAGGCACUAAGACGGAAAUUUGAGAUGGCUCAUCCCAAAAGUCCUCCUGCUGGCUGCUCCUCUCCAAACACCAGCUUUGAGCAAAACGCUUGCUAACUUAUGCAAUAAAUUUUUACUUAUAUUACAAAGCACAUAAAUAUGUUUUGCUUUCUGUGUAUACAUUGUAAAACUCACGUUUUAAUAUGUUCAGACAAAUGGAUUCUAGCUGGUGGAAAUACUGUACUUCCAACUAUAUUUGGUAAUAAUUCAUGGUCACCUGGUGUAGCGGUGACACGUAUUGUGGGAUUCCAGCUGUUAACUGAUUUGCAUGGUGUGCACUACUCCAGAGUGAAUCUGCAAGCUGGGAAAGAGAAAACGACUCUUUAUUCCAUAAACAGUCAAAUGAUUUAAUUGUCUCUUCGGGGGAAGUAGCUCUAUUUGUGGAUUGAACCUACAUUCGGACAGUAACCGUAAAUUACAUGGUCUAUGCCACCUUUACAGUUCUGCGUUUACUUUUUUUUUGGGGGGGAUUCAAGACUUUAAAUAUGCUUAAUUCUUAGUGUUUGAUUAUCCACUAUUUAGUUUUAAUUUAAUUCCCCAACAUCUUAAAAAAUAUUGGAUUCCUGAGAAAUCAUCUGAUCAUUUGGGGUGGGGAAGAAACAUGAUUUCUGGGAACAACUUCUCAUCCAUAGCCUGUUUCCUUGAAAUCUGAUAUAUCCUAGUUAUUGAGGCUUUUUGAAAUUAAUGAUCCUUGGUCACGGAACCUGUCUGGUUCACAGUUGGUCGCAAUUAUAAGUAAACCAAUCAUAAGUAAAACCUUUGAGCAACAGAGCUUUACAGCAUUGCAAUUUCUGCACACUUACACUGGAGGAGUGUUAAAAUUAACACCUCUUGAUAAUUAGUGGGGUUGAAGUAAUCUGGAUCAUGAAUUACUAGAUUUGUGCUAAUGGUAAUAUACUUGAGUGUUAAAUUUUCUGUCAUAUACAAACACAAGAUUGUGAUUUUUAUUUCUUCUUUUGGAAAUAUGUUGUCACUAGUAUCACCUAUAUUUCACUUCACAAUUUAACAAAUCUCCAGAUGUCCAUAGUGCAUUUUUACACUCACCAGCCUUUGCAUGGAAGUGCAGUGCAAAAAUGUCAAUAUUCAGAUUUACUCCAGGCAAUGGAAAGCAAACAUACUCUAAGUAUUCAGUAUCGGGAACUAUUGCAAAACUCAAUACCAGUAUUAAGAGUUUCAGCAUUUUUCUCUGUCACUGCGUGACAAGCUCUUCCCCAUCAGGUUGGCUCCUGCUUUUAUGUAAUUCUUUGUGGCUGUGAGGAAGUGAGAUGAUUUGGUGUAUUCCACAGUCAUCAUUAUUCACAAGCUUCAGAACAGAGCUUCCAAAACUAUGUUUAUUACUAAAUUGGAGAUGAGCAACUUUUAAUGAGGUUUUUACCAAACUAAACUUAAGGACAGGUAUUGGACUAUAAUAACACCUGAAUGUUCCAGUGUUGUGUGCAUUUUGUUCAUUUGGUAGGAGUUCCCACAAAAUGAACAACACUGAGAGAACCAAUAAAUUUAGCAAUUAUUUUACUAUUUAUCCAUUGCCAUUUCCUGUUUUGGAGGACUGUAGGAAUUGUCUCAACUGCUGUUGUUGAUAAUGGAGAAUAUGUGAUUCUGAUUUCUAGCUCAUCAUUGAGAUUUAACUGCAGUGAAGGAAAUGAACUGGCUAGCUCUGUUCAAAAUACUCUAUUUGCAAUGGAACAAGUGCUUUUUUUUUUUGAAUACCAGUUUUCUGCUGGUUGCACGGCACCAUUCUGUCAAUGGUUGACAGCAGCCCUGUGCAACUUAGAGAAGUGUAACUGGAAAUAAUAGGAGUGUGUGAUUUACAAGCCAUCUAGAAAUCAGUUUGAUUCCAAAUUGGAUCAGAAUUCUUUAGAAUUUUUAAUUAUAUAAUGGGAUGUUUUAAACACUGAUUUGACUUGAAUGCCUGUUACAGAAGUGUUGUAAAUUUCUUCAUUUAAAAUUUGCACAUUUUUAUGUAGCAUCACAUAGUGGUGCUUGUACAAAAAAAGUUAACCCAAACAAUCAAGCCAUAACCGACGGUUGCACUAUUCCCAAUGGUUGUAAUGUUAAGAUAUUUCUUCAACUGUUAAGUUUUUAAUUUUUUUUAAAGGAUUUUUGUAUUGGCUGCCUUUUUUAUCACUUGUCUAUGUAAUGCAAUUUGGGCUUUGGCCUAUAUUCCAGUGCAUUGUAAGUGCUUUUAUUUACUAUGUUUAUUUAAUAAAUAUUCUU